AUGGAUGAAGAAGAAGGAACAAUUUCCUCAGAUUCAACGACGAAGCAAAGGAAACCUCUUGGUUGGAAAGCUAUGCCUUACCUAUUAGCAAAUGAGACAUUGGAGAGGCUUGCGACAUUCGGAUUAAUGUCGAAUUUUAUGGUGUAUAUGGUUAGAGAAUAUCAUAUGGAUCAAGUCCAAGCUGCGACUCUAAUCAACACUUGGUCUGCUCUCACCAACUUUGCUCCCAUCAUUGGAGCUCUCAUCUCCGACUCAUACACCGGAAAAUUCAAUACCAUUGUCUUUGGUUCCAUCGCCGAGUUGCUGGGCAUGUUGGUGUUGACUUUCACUUCUCUGAUCCCGAAUCUACGACCACCACCUUGCAUUUCCGACCAAAUCACCGGAAAAUGUAUCCGCUAUAGCGAUUCGCAGUUAUACUUUUUACUCUCAGGUCUUUUCUUGUUAUCGGUCGGAACAGGAGGAAUCCGUUCAUGCAGUGUUCCUUUUAGUCUCGAUCAGUUCGAUGAUUCGACUGAGGAAGGAAGAGAAGGAAGUAGAAGCUUCUUCAGUUGGUACUAUACCACUCAUACAAUAGUCCAGUUAGUAUCAAUGACUCUAGUGUUGUACGUACAGAACAACAUCAGUUGGGCCAUUGGAUUCGCAAUACCGACGUUUCUCAAUUUGGUUGCGCUUGUUUUGCUAUUUAUGGGAACUCGGUUUUAUGUCUUUGUCAAACCUGAAGUAAGUGUGUUCUCUGGGAUCUUCAUGGUUCUCGUGGCUGCUUAUAAGAAACGGAAUUUACGGUCUCCUUCUGAGAUUGACAAUUAUCGACCGUUACUAGAGACAAAUUCACAAUUACAUAAACUCGGACCCACUGAUCAAUUCAGAUUCUUGAACAAAGCCGCGAUAGUGAUGAGCAACGAUGAAGCUGAAAAUAAGGAGUGGAGAAUCUGCACCGUCAAACAGAUCGAGGACAUAAAGUCUAUAUUAAGCAUUAUACCAAUAUUUGCUUCGAGUAUUAUAGGAUUCUUAGCUAUGAACCAACAACAAACUUUUACGGUCUCACAAGCACUAAAAACGGACCUCCGAUUUCCCGGUACUUCUUACCUAAUCCCUCCUGCUUCUAUAACCGUCAUAUCACUACUCACCAUAGGGAUAUGGCUUCCCUUCUAUGAAACCGUUUUGGUCCGACACAUUGAAAAUAUUACAAAACAAGAAGGUGGCAUCUCGUUACUCCAAAAAGUUGGGAUUGGGAAUUUUUUCUGCAUCUCGACCAUGUUCAUAUCGGGUAUCGUGGAGCGAGAGAGAAGAGAUAUAUCCCUUACCAGGGUAAACAUAUCGGUUUUCUGGCUAGCCCCACAACAAGUACUAAUGGGAUUUUAUCAAGUGUUCACCAUUGUUGGCCUCACCGAGUUCUUCAACAAAAAAGUCCCUAUCAACAUGAGAAGCAUAGGGAACUCGUUGCUCUACUUAGGUAUGUCUUUAGGUAGUUAUCUAAGCAGUGCGAUGGUGAGCAUUGUUCAUAGUGUGACUGCUCGUGGAGGAAGACAAAGUUGGCUAACGGAUGAUAUUGAUGCUAGCAAGUUAGAUUAUUUCUAUUACUUUAUUGCCGGUUUAAGCACUCUUAAUUUCAUCUUCUUCUUGUGGUGUGCUCGAAGGUAUCAUUACAGAAAUAUGUGA